UAGGCAGUGGUAUCGAUUCAUGAGGACCGAUAGAGAAUCCUUUACGUGUACAUCAGAUGGUUGGUGAGCUGCGAUUCUCGGCAGCGCAUGACACAUCUGGAUACGGGCACGUUGGCUUAAAGAGGAGGUGUGUGUGUGUCAGAGUGCAUGAGAACGAGACCGAGAGAGAUGGUGGAGGAGAGUGUGUUCACGCAGGCUCCUCCUUACCCCGCUGCUGUCCUUGCACACGCAAAUGGAAAGAUGGACUUCUCUGAAGACCAUUGUGGCCGUCCCGUUGAUCCCCACGCGGUGACUCUUAGGUGCCUCGGCCGUGUGAUGUAGUCACGAAAUGGCAGAGAGCGGAAACAAUUGGGCGCAAGGAUGUGAAAAGGAUGCAAGAGGAGACGGCGGACCUCACUCGGAUGCCCGCAGCCCAGAUGUUGUCCCAAACUCGCUUGGGACUAAGCGGCAUCUCCCGCGGGGGAUUGUUAUCCAGCUGACAGGAACGGAGGGAGAAUGGAGCAGCUUGGAUGAGAGUGAGCUCAUCUUCUCGCUGGAUCACGAUGAGUACUACGCCUCGGUGUCUCAUUCGAGUCAGAAGCACAUCACCGGUGACGAUGACAAAGGAUCGCAGUCCCAAGCGUUCCAUGUCCCGCUUUCACCCUCGUCUCCUGGUUCUUUGGGUAAUUGCUCCGCCGCGAGCCCCGCCUUCCUCUCCCCAGGCCCUUCCUCGCCCACUCAUCGGCCCUUGGCCAGUCUGGUAAAGUCGCUUUCCACAGAGCUGGAGCUGAGAGAAAAUUCCGCCCUCAGGCCAAAACCUCUUCUCAGCCUCGUGAAGUCAAUUUCCACCGAGCUCUCUCGUUCGGAGCCGGAGGUGUCGCAGUCCAAAUCGGACUCGCGCCUCAACCUCCACCUGUUGAAGCAGCUGACGCAGCCCAAGAACCGAAGCGCCGGGGACUCUCGGACAGCACCCCCAUCUCCCAGCGCGCUCUCUCCAAGCGGAGAGGGUCAUAAAGGCGGUUUCUUUAAAAUGGAACUCGAGGAUACCAAAAGGAAACUCUCAGAGGCGGUCCAUGAGCCGUUCAGCAGUAUGUUCAACAAGAUCAGGAGAGAAGAUAGCACAGGCAGCCCCAAACACACGUGUAAGACCACCCAGGUCAUUUCUAGAGGUUCGGGCCGGGAAGCGAGCACUGACGCGGGGGUCUCGGAAUCUCCAGUGAGAAGUGGCGGCAGGACAGAUGGCGAUUUUUUCCACUGGCCUUCGGUUAGAUAUGCCGGGAGAAGCCCCCGCAGCACCUGUCCAGUGCAUCACUGCAAACAUCUCACCGAUGAAGAGCAAGGAUUUUAUUCCGACGGAGACGCGGUGCAGGUUUUUUCCAUCGAUACUCACCAGCAAGCCGGGAAAGCGUCACAGGUCGCAUCUUGUAGGACGUCUCCACUCCACACAAGCAAUCCUCCACCGUGCUUGAGUUUAUUCUGUGUGGCAAUAAUCUCCUACGGUUAUUUUACCCUACCGCUGAAUCCGUAUUUCUCCGGCCUGGCUCUCGGGGUGGCAAUGGGUUUCUUGCUCGGACUCUUGCUGAUUCGAAUGGGCUCUUCCAGGUCCUUCUGUUCAGCUUUUCCAAGCAAACCGCUUCUGGGAGAGGGGAUUUGGAAAGGUUGCUCCAUUGAGCCUGACACCAUCAAGGGUUGGAUGAAUGAGAUUCAUGAUUACGGCCCAGAGACGUAUCACUCAGCACAGGCAAAUUCCGUGUUUGCCACGCUGGAGGGAUCCCGUCUCCGACUCGACACCCCCCAAUCUAACAUCAGCCGCAGGGCCGCAUGCGACGAGAAAAUCAACGAGUUCACUUUCACAAAGACGCGCACAUACCAGCUGGAACAAAGCAAAGUAUUCUUACUGCCAUCUGUGUUGGCUCGUAAGCGACUAUGGAACCCCAAAUAUCCAAUCUGCAUCCAGCUGGCCAGUGGAGUAAACUCCCAGGAGGAGGUUGGACGACGGUCGGAGGAGAGUCGGGAAGUGGAGGAGCAGCCAAAAACUGCACCCGCUAGCUCAUUUCAACGUUUGCCAGAGUCCGCCCGUGACCCAGCCACAACUCUUUACCUCUUUGGGCGCACGGGGAGAGAAAAAGAGGAGUGGUUUCAUCAUUUCUUGCUAGCAUCCACGGACACAGAGAGAGAAAAGGACCGGGACAAGCCAAGGUCUUCCAGAUGUGCGCCUCGAUCGGGUGACCCAGUACUGUCGCAGGCUAUCAGCGGCCAAAGCGAUAACCCGGCCAGCAGAGGCUCCAGCAGAGUGGGCAGCAGUGAAGACGACGGACCCUCCGUGCCUGCAGUUUCUCUCAGUCAGACCUCCUCCAGUAGCAGCACCGCCAGGGGCCUUUCACUGCUUGACUACCCCGGCUACAUGUCUCGUCUUCUGGCUACAGAAGACUUGCUCCCGCUCUCCAGCCCUGGAGUCGGCAGUACACAGACAAGCCCCAGCCUCAAAGGAAACUGCACCUGUGAUCUGGUGGAUGACUCUGGGACCAGUUCGACUUUAUGGGUGAACGCUCUGAUUGGGCGCAUCUUUUGGGACUUCCUGAGAGAGAAGUCCUGGGCCGACGCGGUUUCCCACAAGAUCCAGAAGAAGCUCAGCAAAAUCAAAUUGCCUUAUUUUAUGAAUGAACUGACCCUGACUGAGCUGGAUAUGGGCUGUUCCAUCCCAAAAAUCAUAUCUACCUCCCGACCAGAAGUAAACCACAGAGGCCUGUGGGUGGAGCUGCAGCUGGCCUACAAUGGCACCCUACAGAUGACCCUGCAGACCAAAUUCAACUUGUCCAAACUGGGGAAAGACGGCGGCCAGGUCACCGAUUGGUUGACUGAACCUGGAAACUCACACUGCAGACCCAUUCUAAGUGUGCUGGCGGACAGUGACGAGGAGUCCUCCAGUGCCGGUUCAUCUGAUGAGGAAGAGUUUCUCCUGGCUGAGCCUCAGGGCCCCACUGGGGAAAAGGGCCCGUCAUCAGCAACGGAUGGGACAGGGGGCGGGAGGACUGGAAGGAAGAUUUUGAGAUUUGUGGACAAAAUCGCUAAAUCCAAAUAUUUCCAGAAGGCAACGGAGAAUGAGUUCAUCAAGAAGAAGUUUGAAGAGAUGUCAAACACGCCGCUGCUGCUCACAGUGGAGGUUCAAGAGCUGUCAGGGUCCCUGGUUGUCAAUAUUCCGCCGCCCCCUACUGACAGGAUAUGGUAUAGCUUUUGCGUUCCACCCAAGCUGGAUCUGCGUGUUCGGCCCAAACUCGGCGAGAGGGAGGUGACGUUGUGUCACGUGACCGAGUGGAUUGAAAAGAAACUACAGGAUGAGUUCCAGAAAGUGUUUGUGCUGCCAAACAUGGAUGACAUCUACUUACCCAUGAUGCACUCCAGCGUGGAUAACCCCCACAUGUCGGAGCAUCCGUCCUCUCGCGAUUGCCAGUCCCAGAGCUCCACUGAGUCCAUGGAGCGUAUCCCACCGGCGGUGACAUAAACGGAAUCGGACUCCGGUUAAAUGACAUGUUGACGUUUGCCAUGCUCCGAAUUGAAGGAGAGCUAAGAAAAAUGCACUUCCAAAGAGAUCGUUAUCACUGUAUUCCCAUCAAUGAAUGUCAUUCAUGAUUAAUAAGAACAAAUCAUGAAAGAUACUUUGAGGCCCCUUCACGUGAAUCAGAACCCAUGAAGUAUUGCUCUCAGUUUCAAAAAUGUUGCUGACUGCUGAGUCUCUUUUGUGUUUAAAAAAAAAAAAGGAUUGUAAAUGAUACUUUGGGCAAAAUAUCUACGUCCCUCUGAGAUUAUUUGCUUCUUUUAUUAUUGGCAGAUGCUGAUUGUAAAAAAAUAAAAUAAAAUAAAACACGACGCUUCAUUCAUGUAUUC